AUGGCGAUGUCAACAGAGCCUUCGGCCUCGUUGUCACACCUUCACAGCGCAGAUGGAUCUGCCACCUUCUCGCAGAACGGAUACACAGUCAUUGGCGCAGUCAAUGGUCCUAUUGAAGUCCAACGUCGCGACGAACUCCCAGAGGAAGCAGCAGUCGAUAUUGUCGUACGACCAGCAGCUGGUGUGGGUGGUACACGGGAGAGGCACCUCGAAUCGAUCCUACAAUCGACGCUGCGCCAAAUCAUCCUCACCCACAACUUCCCCAGAACGUUGAUCCAGAUCACAUUACAGAUCACAAAGACACCGAAGAAUGAGGCAGCGGCGUCUAAAGUCGUGCAGGCAAGCUCGCAUUUGGCGGUCUUGCCCGUUCUCCUUCAGACUGCUCUUCUAACACUACUUUCUGCAUCUUUGCCUCUAUCAAUGGUUCUGACGUCCACUCUCAUUGCAAUCAGCGCAGAUGAUAAUUCAGCAUCCCUCAUUCAGAACCCAAAUCUGACUGAAUAUGAAAAUGCGAAAUCCAUCCACGUAUUAGCAUUUACCUCGCAAGGAGACUUGUUACUUGCAGAAUCCCAGGGAUCUUUUGAUUUGAAGGAUUGGGAUAAAGUAUACGAAACAGCCAAAAAGGUCUGCUUAUCUACGCAGGACGACGCUGAUAUGCAGGGUGGUGCAUCAUUGGAAGAAAAGACAGGAAGUAUGCUCGGGUUCGUUAAAUCUGUCAUGGAAGAGAAAGUUGCACAGGAUCUGCAUUGGCACCGUUGA